AUGGCGCCAGUCACCUUCCCCUACCUCGCCAGGGCGACGAUCAAGUACAAGAGCCCGCACAAGCAGGACCUCACCUUUGCAAAGGGCGAGACCAUCCGCGUCACCGGCAUCGCCCCCAAAGCCGACGAGGGCGGCGGCGACGACGACGAUGACGACGACGACGACUGGUUGGUGGGCGAGUCGCUGGAUGGCAGUCGGAAGGGCACGUUCCCCGGCGGCUUCGUCGAGUCCAGCGACGAGCAGGACCAGCAAGAGGUCGAGGCCAGCGCAGGCGUGAGCAACCUCGCUCCCGCCGCCGCUUCGACACAGCCCGUCGCCGCCACAGAGACGGCAGAGCCGGCCGAACGCGCGCCCGUCGUCCCGCAGGCCGCACGAGACGCCGCCCUCGAGGGAAAGACGGAGACGGCUGGCUUCGGCGCACCCCUGCCACCCAGACCGGCACAGUCUGACGACGAAGACGACGGCGAGGAGCAGGAGCAGCCAAAGCAGCAGGCCCAGGAGCGGGCCCAGGAUGCUCCCGGCCAGUCGCCGCACAGCAGCGCCGCCAUCGCCGAGCCCGCCACGCAGCCUGCAGCGACCGAAUCCCAGCCCGCCGAAGAGGCGCCGGUCGCUGCUUCGAUAGCCAAGGCCACUGAGCCCGAGCUAAAGGCGUCCGCGGCGGCGCCGGCACCGGCCACCGCACCCGCGCGUCAGGCUCCGACGUCGAGCGAGAGCGCAACCUCGGCCAAGUCGCCCACCGCGGCUGGCGCCACGUCUCCGCCGCCGGUCGCAUCCAGGUCGCCUCCGCCCAUCACCACCAAGCCAGCCGGGAUGUCGAGCUCGUUCCGCGACCGCCUCGCCGCCUUCAACAAGCCGGCAGAUGCCGCAGCGCCGCCGCCGUUACCUCGAGGCAAGCCCGGAGGAUGGAAGCGGCCGCCGCCCGCUGCCGACGCCCCCAAGCCCGUCCUGCCCGGCCAGCCUGCGGCCGCAGCAUCCUCUGCGACAAAGGCCGAGCCUCAGGCCGCCACCGCCGCCACUGCUGCUGCUGCGACUGCGCCCGCAGCAGAGCCCGUGCGGUCCAAGGACGAGUCCGGCUUCAGCGCGGCCGAUGCCCAGAGCAGCAUCAAGAUGAGCCUCAAGGAGAGGAUGGCGGCGCUCCAGCGGGGCGAUGCCGCCCGCAGCGCUGGAGGAGGCGACGACGAUCACGGCGCCACGAGCCCCACGCCGAAGCCGGCACCCGCUCCAGGCCGCAUCGCCGCCGAGAAGCGCAAUGCCGCCCUCGCCGGCAUGGGCCUGGCUCCCGCUCCGCCCCAGCCAGCCAGGAGCCUCAGCAGGGACAGCGCCAAGAGCGGCGUCUCGGGCGGUGGCGGCGAGGACGAAGCAGCCCACAAGGAGCCGGUCGAAGAAGCGGCGGCCGCACCAUCAGCGGAGGCCGAGAUCGCCGAGUCUGCCGAGGCUAGCGCCGCGGACGAGGCUGGAGCGGAGGCUGCGGUCGCAGACGAUGCGCCAGAGCUGACCGAAGAGGAGCAGGAAGCGCAGAGGAGAGCGGCGCUGGCCAAGAGGAUGGCUGCCCUCGGCGGACGUAGGAUGGGAGGCGGCCCCGCCCUCUUUGGAGCUCCCGCUCCCGCCGGUGCUCCGGUCAAAAAGGCCAGCACCUCUUCAGCCUCUGACCAGGGCACCUCCGUCGAGCCCGGCAUCGCCGAGCCUCGCCAGGAUCCGACCGCCCUCCGGUCACCCUCAAUCAACGAAGCGGACGGCAACCCCCUGAGCCCUUCGAGCGACGCCUCGGCUGCCGAACCCGCCGCCCCAUUGGAGGAUGGCCAGCCAAAGACGCUCGCUGUACCUCGUCGGGCAGCACCGCCCAGGCGUAAGAGGCCUGUGGCGGCCGCGACGGCAUCGCCCUCGUCUGCAGCGGCAGAGGAGGCCACGUCGCCUGCUGCUGAUGUGCCCAGCGAGGCUGCGAGCGGCAAGGACGGUGAGAACGAUGAAGGCGUUCCUUCUUCCAUCCCUGUCCGGGAGGCAAGCACCGGAGAGCCUGCCGAUGAGGCGGCUGACGAGGAAGGCCACGGUCUUGCCACCUCUGCGGGGGUGGGGGCGGCCAUCGCGGCGGGUGACACGGCUGCUGCUGCCGGCGAGGCUGCGACGCACCGUGCGGGCGCAGAGCACGACGAGGAAGCGGCCGAUAGCGAAGGCCCCUCGAGCACCAUCGAGGCGGCCCCAUCGCACCUGACCGAAGCGCCCGGCGACUCGGCCGCUGAAGAGGCGCCGCUGGAUCGUAGUGAGCCCACUGGCGCGACCACUCUCGAUGCUGAUCGAGACGCGGACGAGAUCUCGACUGCGGCCGUGACGCCCAGCGGCUACGAGUCGGAAGACGCCCGCAUCAAGGAGCACGAGCGCCAGCUCGAAGAGUACCUCCAGGGCGGCACGGCGAACAAGGACGACGAGCUCGAGCGGAUGACGAGCGCCAUCGAGCCCGACGAGGCCGAGGCGCGCGAGCAGGAGGAUGUGGUCCCCGCCGACGACCCGAUCGCGUCUCCGGUCGAUGCUGGCUCGGCGCGUCACGACACUUCGACGCCGAAGCCGCCAAGCCGUCCGCCAAGCACGCGUCCGCCGGUGCCGAGGACGUCGCUGCCGCCCGCGCCCAUUGACACGGCGGGCACGCACGACCAUGCGGCCGCGUCGAAUGUGCGGAGCCCGCUGUCUCCCGGCAGAGAGAGCGCCGCGUCGCCUGCGCCCGGCUCGGCUUCGAGCGCACAGCGUCGCAGCUUUGUGCCGCCAGUCCCUCGUGCGUCGGUGCCACCGCCGCCGCGCGAGGCUGGCGGCGUUGCUUCUCCGCCCCCACUUCCGCGCAGUCCUCCGCCGCUCACGCCCGGGCCGGUUGCGCCUAGCCUUGGAAGCGUUGCUGCCGAUGCAACGGAUGAGCAGCCGGGCGAUGCUGCGGCUGCUGUGCCUCCGGCCCCCAUCUUGGCUGCCCCUCGGCCGAGGAUGGCGAUGCCGACCGAGGACCCCGAGGACGAGGAGCUGCUCCAGGCGGCCGAUGCGGCUCAGCAAGGUGCUCGUCAGGACGAGGCGGAAGCAUCCGCUCCGAAGCAGAACGACGAGCCCGUGACUGCGACGGCAGACGAGGACGAGGCACAAGAGGAGCCCGUGGAGCUGACCGAGGAGGAGCAGGAGGCGCAGAGGCGUGCCAACCUGGCCAACCGCAUGGCCCGCCUCGGCGGCCAGCGCAUUGGUGGACUGCCCGGCAUGGCGCCGCCGCCCAUUAUGGGAGCGCCGAUGCCGCCUCGCCGCAAGCCGACGCCUGCGGCUGCAGAAGAUGAGCCGCGAUCCGACCUGCAAGGAACGGGCGCGGGCAACGUGGAUGCGCUCGAGGCCAGCGUGGAGCCUCACGGCCAUUCGGCGUAUGCUAGCGAAGAGCAACCUGCCGCUGGCGUCGCUGCCGCCGCCACAGAUGCGCCGGUCAGACUCGCCAGCCCUCCGCCGGUCCCGACCAGUCCGCCCCCGAAGCCCCUGAGCCCGGCUCCGAACCGCCCGCUGCCGCCUCGUGGUGGCGAGCUGGGAGCCAGCAGCCCGCCGCCUCUUCCCGUUGGACGGCCGUCGUCGACUGCGCCCAUCGGCAGCCUGGACGAGGCUGCUGCCUCGCUUGCUCGGGCGUCGACGCCCGGAUCGACCGCUGGCACCGCCGACUCCCUGGCUCGCCGCACAUCGAUGCGGCCUGCCAUUCCCCAGGGUCUGCGAAGCCCACCUGUACGCUCGCGUGAGCCGUCUCAGAUCGAGAGCCACCCCGCUGCGGCGACAGGUGAGGAUGACGCAGCCCAUGAUGAGGAGGAGCCGGUGCCGCGCGUCAUGGCUGUGAGCCCGCCGGCGCUUCCGCUGAGCCCGCCUCCUCGGCCGUCGUCGCGAGUGCCCCCACUGCCCGGGCAGGUGGCGGUGCCGUCGCGUGAUGCCUCGUACCAGCAGCCCGCUGUCGCCUCGCCGACGCAGCAGGCGCCGGUUGAUUACCAGCAGCAGCAGCAGCAGCAGCAGCAGCAGCCCUCGCAGCCCCAGUUCCAGCAAGAGGCCGUUGCGCAUGGCGCGACGCCGUCGCAGGGUAGCAGCCUUUCGACGAGGCAGUCGUCGCGAGACCUGGACCUAAUGCCCAGCAGCCGCUGGUGGCGGCAUGGACUGUCGCCCCUGCGACUGCCUCCGACGGUCGCUGGACGGCCGGAUGCGAUUCUCUACGCCGACACGUCUUCCGGCACCGAGCGGGGCAAGGCGACGCACAGCGCCGACAUCUACGUGCUGUUUGAGGACUAUUCGACGACGACGAUUUCGCUGUCGUUCCAGGACGACGACGCCGAGGAGAGCGCUACGACGCUGACGCAGGUGCACAACUUCCCGCCGCCAAAGCCCGUGGCUGAGCAGCUGCGGGCUUGGUCGUCGGAGGUUGGCGCCCAGAUUGCCAAAGCGGCCAUAGACGCAGCCAAGCACCCUCCGUCGACGCCCGUGGGCGAUGGGAGCGCGCGGUCUUUCGCGGUCUCGCUGAUUACGGCGCUGCCGUCUGCGCUGCCGCCGGUGGGGUCGAGCUAUGGCGCGCUGAUCCUGACGCAGGUGGGCGCGACAGUCAUGGAGACGGGCGCCGACGAGCCGCGACCGGGCGACGUUGCGGUGUGCGUGGGCGCGGAGCUCAAGGGGAAACGGGGGCUGGCGCCGUACCACGCAAGCUACGGGAGCGCGGCGGACCCGCUGGUGGCCGUCGUGGUCGAGUGCGAGGCCAAGAAGAACAAGCUGCGGUGCGUGGUGCAGAGCGGGAGGAGCGCGGGCAAGGGGAGCAAGGGCAUCGACGAGGUGAGCCUGCGCCUCGACGACCUCAAGAGCGGCGUCAUCAAGGUGUUCCGGGUGGCGAAGAGGCAGGCGUGGGUCGAGUGGUGA